AUGCGGACCAAGUACCUUCAUCUUUUUGCUGCAGAGUCAGUUCAAGGGUCACUGCAGUUGCACCGCAUUGCGGUGAACCCUAAAACAGUAAUUAUCACGAUCCAGAGAGCCACUGCAAUUCCACUGUGUCGUGGUGGGUAUUGUAAUGACCCACUCACCGUGUCACGUGAUGACCUUGGAAUUGGUGGAAUUUAUGGUGGUGUUGGUGGCAUUGGUGGUGGUAUUCGUGGCAUUGGUGGUCUUGGUAGUGGUGUUGGUAGUCUUGAUGGUGGUGUUGGUGGUCUUGGUAGCAUUGGUGGUGGUAGUGUUGUUGGUGGUCUCAGUGACAUUGGUGGUCUUGGUGGUGGUGUUAGUGGUCUCAGUGGCAUUGAUGGUUGUGUUGGUAGUCUUAGUAGUGGUCUUGGUGGUGGUGGUGGUUCGUUCAUUGACUUCUCUUUUAUAGAUAAUUCUGACAUGCUGAAUAGAAUAACCAAACUGAGUCAGUCUUGGCACACUAGGGAUUCUGUGGUGGCUAGCCCGACUGUUGUUGGUGGUAUAACUGCGUAG